AUGAGCUCUGAAAACUACUUGAAGUGCUUCAAGUUUCCAUUUUUCGUCUUGAAAGUUUUCGACACAUUACUAACUGGAGACAUGAAGGAAAUUUGUGAAGCUUUAAAAGAACUUUUGAAAGUCAAUUCAUUUGGAAAGAUGAAUGAAAGAAAUUUGAUGAUACGUGAAAAUAAGCGCAUGAUGAGAAUUGAGAAAUUAUUUUUUGGUUUACCGAUUUUUACAUGUCUCGUUACUGUAAUUAAAGCAUUAAGUUUUGACAUGAAACGAAGGGAGCUUCCAUUCAAGACUUGGGUUUAUUGGGAUUACAAAAAUAAUUUACCCUCGUACUGGUUUACAGUAAUAAUUCAAUGUGUGGGAGCGCCGAUUCUAAGCUUGCUCAAUUUCAGCAUCGACAUGAUUCAAAUUGCAUUCAUGCAUUACUUGAAUGUGAUGUUGAAGGAAUUUUCGGUUGAAAUUGAGAGUCUUGAACCUGACAAAAUGUCAUUUAAUGACACGAAAGAGUAUGACAGACUAUGCAAAUGUGUUGAUUGUUUUGUGCAACUCAAGGAUCUUGGAUCGAAAAUAUCGACUCAUCUGUCUACGACCUUCUUCAUUCAAGCGAUAUUAAGUGCUCUGAUACUUUGUACAUCGACAUUUUUAUUAACUACACUUUCUUUUGUGAAUGAAGCGCCAACGUUUAUCAGAACUACGUUUUAUUGUCUCACAAUGUUGAUUCAAAUAUUCCUACCUUGCUACUAUGGAAACGAAGUGACUUUAACUUCUGAUAAAAUAUCAACAACUUUGUUCCACUCAAAAUGGGUCGAUGGAGACCAAAAGUACAAGAAAGCUGUAACAAUUUUCAUGGAAAACACAAAACGAUCAAUCAAAAUUUCAGCAUUUGGAUUCGUCUUUGUUGACAUUGAAACAUUAACCACAAUUUGUAAUACAACAUACUCACUUUACGCUUUAGUUAGUAAAAUUGCACAAAAGUGA